AGCUUUGGUGCUGCGCUGACUAAGAACAUCGUGGCCAUGUUGGUGUGGCUGGCACUUAGUUUCAUCAACGGCAGUAUGGUCCACACCUUUCUCAGGCAUUCGUUGUUCUUUGAGGAUCCACGCUACAUCAUGUUCAUCUACAUGGUGGUCAACGACGCACUGCUGCUCACCCUGGUCACAACCCUCUACGUGGUCAGCUACAUCUUCUUCAAGAUUCACGCCUCCAUCUGCUGCCUGCUGGUGAUGACAGCUGUGCUGACUACUCGCUCCACCCCCCUCAUCCUGGCAGGCAUGUCCCUGGAGCGUUACAUCUCCAUCUGCUUCCCACUGCACUACGGUCACAUGUGCACCGUGCCUCGAACCAUAGUCCUCAUCAUCUUCAUCCUCGCUCUGACAGCGAUUGUACCCCUGACGGACCUCUUCAUCACCCUGGCCAAAGAGCGCCCCGGAUUCUUCUACAUCUCUAUCUUCUGCGACCAAUCUCUUCUCUUUCGUCACAGCUCCAUUUACACUAAGAACUUGGUGUUCGACAGCCUGUACUUCUCAUUUGUUGCCCUGACCCUGCUCUAUACCUACUGCCAGAUCAUGCUGGCGGCGCGCGCUGCCUCCUCUGACCUGGUCUCUGUGAAGAAGGCCAGGAACACUGUGGCGCUCCAUGGCGUGCAGCUGCUGCUAUGCAUGCUGGCCUUUGUAGUCCCUUCCAUGCAAGCGCAGCUCAUCGCGUUGUUCCCCCUGUACAGUCUAGAGAUCCGCUAUGUCAACUUUCUGUUGGUGUACAUCAUCCCACGCUUCCUAAGUCCUAUGAUUUAUGGUUUUCGGGAUGAGAAGUUCAGGAAGUACUGGGCCCGCCACCUGACCUGUCGAGGCGGGACCAGCCGUGUCAGGCCCAGCGUUCUCCUGAAGUUAAAGUGA